UCUGCGCUAUAGGCGGGCACGCGGCGGUCCCUGUCGCUUCGGGAACGGCGGGUGGGGUAAACCUGGCCGCAACGGAGGCUUCGGAGAGGGUGAGUGGCUGAGGGACGUGAUGGGGGAAGCGACUGUGGCCGCGGGGCCUUGCCCCCUGCGCGAGGACAGCUUCACGCGCUUCUCGUCGCAGAGCAAUGUUUACGGGCUGGCAGGCGGCGCGAGCGGGCGCGGGGAGUUGCUGGCUGCCACCCUUAAAGGCAAGGUGCUCGGCUUCCGCUACCAAGACCUCCGACAGAAAAUCCGGCCCGUGGCCAAGGAGCUGCAGUUCAACUAUAUCCCCGUGGACGCGGAGAUUGUCUCCAUCGACACCUUUAACAAGUCACCUCCAAAGCGGGGCCUGGUCGUGGGGAUCACAUUCAUCAAGGAUUCGGGAGACAAGGGCAGCCCCUUCCUUAACAUCUACUGCGACUACGAGCCUGGCUCUGAGUACAACCUUGACUCCAUUGCCCAGAGCUGCCUCAACCUGGAGCUCCAGUUCACCCCUUUCCAGCUGUGCCACGCAGAGGUCCAGGUGGCGGAUCAGCUGGACACUGUGUUUCUCCUGAGUGGGAACAACCCAGCCAUUCAUCUCUACAAGGAGAACGAGGGGCUGCAUCAGUUUGAGGAGCAGCCAGUGGAAAACCUCUUCCCAGAGCUCACGAAUCUGACCAGUAGCGUCCUCUGGCUUGACGUCCACAACCUGCCCGGCACAUCCCGUCGGCUCACAGCCCUUGGCUGUCAGAGUGGUUAUGUCCGUGUUGCCCACGUGGACCAGCGGAGUCGAGAGAUUUUGCAGACAUGGACCAUCCUGCAGGACGGGCCCAUCUCCCGCGUGAUUGUGUUCAGCCUCUCGGCCCCGGAGGAGACCAAGGAGAGGCCACAGAGGGAGGAGUACAGUGUGCUCGUGGCGAGCAUGUUGGAGCCAGCCGUGGUGUAUCGGGACCUGCUACAUCGGGGUCUUGAGGACCAGCUUCUCCUCCCAGGCAGUGACCAGUUUGACAGCAUCCUCUGUGGCCUGGUCACCGAUGUGGAUUUGGAUGGGCGCCUGGAAGUCCUGGUGGCCACCUAUGGACAGGAGCUGCUGUGUUACAAGUACUGGGGCCCAGAGUCUGGGCUCCCCGAGGCUGAGCAUGGGUUCCGCCUGUUGUGGCAACGGAGUUUCUCCAGCCCACUGCUGGCCAUGGCACACGUGGAUCUGACCGGGGAUGGGCUUCGGGAGCUCGUCGUGGUCUCCCUGAAGGGUGUGCACAUCCUGCAGCACAGCCUGAUCCAGGCCUCACAGCUGGCCCUGACCCGGCUUCGCCACCAAGUGGAGCAGAGGAGACGCCAGCACCAACAGGAACUGGGGGGCAGGGUGGGUCCAGGAGCUGCUGAGACUCCAGCCUCCUGAGCACCUGCCCACUUUCCCCAGGCCAGGAAGUAGUUCACUGGGGGACUUCCCCCAUUGUUGAUGGAGAGGGGUAGUCUCUCCCCACCCCCAUUCCCCAACACACAGUAGAGCUGUGAGUUCUACUCUGGCUCUGCCCUAGAUGUGGUAUGUGACCCUGGCUAAACUGCAGCCUUGCUCUGUGCCUCAGUUUCCCCAUGUGAAAACAGGGUGGCUGUCACCUGACCUGCCUCCGCUCAUGAUGAGAACUGGCCUGCUGACGGUUAUUUAUAAGUCCAAAGGAACAAAGCUUUCACAGUUGUCUACAUUCUUCUGUUCAGCAAGCGUUUGUUGAGCACCUGCUUGUGUGCCAGGCUUUGAGCUGGGGGCUGGAUUUGCCCAGAAGAAUUGAGGGAGGGGGAUUUGGGGGAAGGCAAUCCAAGGUUAGACCCAGAAACAGGACUGAGGUUCAAUCCUAGUGUUGACCUCAGAGGAAAUAAAUGAGAUUGGACCAUAGCAUAAAGGCUGAAGUUAGACCACUGUGGGAUAAACUAGAAUGUAAGGGAAAGGACUGAGGUUAGCCCCCAGGUGGAGAGGCCUGAGGUUAGACCUCAGUGGAGAGGUCUGAGGUUAGAUCCCAAUGGAAAGGCCUGAGGUUAGACCCCAGUGGAGAGGCCUGAGGUUAGACACUUGCAGGGAGGUUUGAAGUUAGACCCCAGUGGAAAGGCAAUAAAGUUGGUGCUCAGAGGAAAGGGUGGAAAGGACUACUGUGGAGAAGCUGGUCAAAUUGCAGCAGAAUCUGAGGCUAGACCCCUAUGAAUAAUGCUGACGUUGGACCCCAGCAAAAAUUACUGGAGUUAGACCUUGUGCAAAGGGCCAAGAUUAAACCCCAGCAGAGAGAGCCAAGGUUAGACCCCAGAAGAAAGCAAUUGAGUUUAGAGCCGAGUAGGGAGAACCAAGGCUAGACCUAGGCAGAUAGAAUUCAGGAUAAACCAUGCUGGAAAAGUCUAAGGUUAGACCUAAUCUGAAGCGCCCAGUGACUGGCGGACCAGGGAGUCAGAGACAAGGCUGAGUUGAUCAGCCUGUGGCUGUACGUAUUCCCGCUCCUGUGGCCCCUUGCAUGGCACCAGAAGAAGAAAUACUUUUCAUAUCAGGGACCAGUGAAAGGCAGGG